UGGAGAAGAGCCUGAUCCAACUGAAGAACCUUAUUUUUGAGUUUUGAUUUCUAAAACUUUGAAGACUCAUUAGACUUGGAAUGCAACUCGCCAGAUUGCUGAGGUUCUCGCACCCGAGUCAUAAUAGUUGUUAAGAACUUCACAUAUGAGAUUGAUUUGGAUCCUCUCCUGCCAGCUGAACCCUCCAACCCCAUCUCACAUGUCCAUAGGGUGUGGAUUGGACCGUGUCAAUUUGAAGUUCUUGUUGUACAAUUUGAAUUAUUAGGCACCUCAAUUAUUGGUUAUUACUGCCAUGUCACAUUCAUUCUUCAGGAAAGAAAAAAAAAAAAAACUAGUCUUGACUUGAGCCAUUACUCUUCCAGUCAAAUUCCCCGUUCCUUAUCUUCUAAAAUUUGAGGUCAGUUGAGCUGAAAUUUGGAGGGGAUAUCCCUCUCUUGCUAUAUCUCAUACCUACCAGUCUUGAUCGUUAAACAAGCUUACUGAAUUGGAGAUCUGCAGAGUCUACAAAACCUGCAACUUGAAAAUAACCGACGGAUCGGAACUUCAAGGUAUUGGUAGUAGCUAGUGACUCUGAAAUAUAAUGGCCCAUGGUAUUGAUAUCCAAGAAGAUAUUAUUGUUUGUGGAGCUUCUUCUAGUGCUGCCAAAAAGGAAGAAGAAAGUCCUGCUCAAGUUGAUCACGUGGUGGAAUUAAUAGAACAAAAACUAGACAAGGUGCCUUCCUCGCCAGCAGAUUGUAGUAUAUACCGAGUACCUAAGACCUUGGUGGAUGAAAAGCCAGAAGCCUACAUACCUCACAUGGUCUCCAUUGGCCCUUUCCACCAUGGUCAACAACACUUACAACCCACGGAAGCACGUAAGAUGCACUACUUCAAAAUGUUUUUAAGCCGACAAGAACCUCAAGCAGCAGCCUUAUCUGAUUACGUUAAAGCCGUGAGAGAUUUGGAAAAAAGAGCCUAUCAAUGUUAUCCAGAUAUGAAAGUUGAUGAAAGAGACAACUUUGUGAUGAUGAUGGUGGUGGAUGGUUGUUUCAUACUUGAACUCUUAUAUUCAUACUCAUUCUUUGAAGCUACGUCUAAUUACAAGUGGGGUUAUCUGGUUACACUGGAUCUGAUUUUGCUUGAAAACCAGCUUCCAAUGUUUGUUCUUGAGGCAUUAUACCAAGUAUUCAUUUCUGGGGGCGAUUCUUCUCAUCAACAAGAACAAGCCGCAACAGCUGAUCAUACAUGGACCCAACUCUAUGGUCUCAUUUUUUCUUGUUUUGUACCUAAUAUUUUAUGUAUGCUUCUCGGCGACGAGGAUGCAUCCAAUUACCUUGAUCGUGCUUACAUUCAGCGAUCAAAACCUUCAAAAGACAAGCCAAAGCAUUUGCUUGAUUUUGUAAGACGAUUCCUCAUCCCACCACCCUCUACAAACAGUUUUAGGCAGCUGUGGGAGACUAAAGAUGAAAAGAAAAGGUGUUUGUACUCUGUGGCAGCAUGCACCCCCCAAUUGUGCCUAAGGGAUCGUACAGAGGAAGAUAAUUCUUUACUGAUAAUGAAAGAUAUUCGCGAACGUGUCCGAUGUGCAACAGAGCUCGAGAAGGCCAGUGUCAAGUUUGAGAAGAACAAGAAUGCGACAAGCUUAUCAGACAUCAAAUUCGAAAACGGAGUUUUGAAAAUCCCAGGUAUAGUAAUUGGCCAUGGAGGAGAGCUUAUCCUCCGAAACCUAGUCGCCUACGAGCAAUACACUAAUGACUACUAUAGUGAUAUUACAGAGUAUGCAGACUUCAUGGAUGGUCUCAUCGAUUCUCGAGAGGAUGUAGAAUUGCUGCAGAACAAUGGAAUUAUUGUGACCAUGCUCGGGGACCCAACUGAGGUGGCUCGAUUAUUUAACAAUCUUCUUAAAGAUAUUGCAGUACCUCUUUAUUAUACAGUCCCUGUACGCCGUAAAUUGGAGGAGUAUUAUAAUACACGAUGCCACAAAUGGAAGGCAAGCUUGAUGCGUAACUAUUUCAGUAAUCCAUGGACAUUCAUAUCAAUUGUUGCUGCCAUAAUUCUCCUUGGCUUGACUGUCACACAGACCAUUUAUUCUGCCUUAGCUUAUUAUCAUCAUUAGAUUAGAAUUUGAUUCCCCUUAAUGUUGAUGUUGAUCGAAUCUCUUUUAUAUAUAUAUAUAUACAGAACAUAGUUUUUACUGUGUGUAUUUGUGUGGACAAAAAAAUGUACAUUCAUUGUA